AUGACGCGGUGCCUGCACCCGCCUGUCACAGGGGACAGCUUCAAAAAAGCCAAGUUUGACGGUGCCCAAGAGAAAUUCAACACGUACGUGACCCUGAAGGUGCAGAAUGUAAAGAGCACGACCAUCGCCGUGCGGGGCAGCCAGCCCAGCUGGGAGCAGGAUUUCAUGUUUGAGAUUAACCGCCUGGAUUUGGGGCUGACUGUGGAGGUGUGGAACAAGGGUCUCAUCUGGGACACAAUGGUGGGCACUGUGUGGAUCCCGCUGCGGACCAUCCGCCAGUCCAAUGAGGAGGGCCCUGGAGAGUGGUUGACACUGGACUCCCAGGUCAUCAUGGCAGACAGCGAGAUCUGUGGCACCAAGGACCCCACCUUCCACCGCAUCCUCCUCGACACUCGUUUCGAGCUGCCCUUAGACAUUCCUGAGGAGGAAGCCCGCUACUGGGCCAAGAAGUUGGAGCAGCUGAAUGCCAUGAGGGACCAGGAUGAGUAUUCAUUCCAAGACGAGCAAGACAAACCUCUUCCUGUCCCCAGCAACCAGUGUUGCAACUGGAAUUAUUUUGGCUGGGGUGAGCCACAGAAUGAUGACCCCGACAGUGCAGUGGAUGAUCGUGACAGCGACUACCGCAGUGAAACAAGCAACAGCAUCCCACCACCCUAUUACACCACAUCGCAGCCCAAUGCCUCAGUUCAUCAGUAUUCGGUCCGUCCACCACCCCUGGGUUCCCGGGAAUCCUACAGUGAUUCCAUGCACAGUUAUGAGGAGUUCUCUGAGCCACGAGCCCUCAGCCCCACGGGCAGCAGCCACUAUGCCUCUUCCGGGGAACUGAGUCAGGGCAGCUCGCAGCUGAGCGAGGACUUCGACCCGGACGAGCAGAGCCUUCAGGGCUCCGAGAUGGAGGACGAGCGGGACCGCGACUCUUAUCACUCGUGCCACAGUUCUGUCAGCUACCACAAAGACUCGCCACGCUGGGACCAGGAUGAAGAGGAGCUGGAUGAGGAGCUGGACGAGGAGCUGGAUGAGGACCUGGAGGACUUCCUGGAGGAAGAGGAGCUGCCCGAGGAUGAAGAGGAGUUGGAGGAGGAGGAGGAGGUGCCUGAUGAUCUGGGCAGCUAUGCCCAGCAUGAAGAGGCAGCCGUGGCCGAGCCCAAAGACUUCAAGCGUGUCAGCAUCCCACCAGCUGCUCCUGGGAAGGAAGACAAGGCCCUGGUGGUGCCUGCUGAAGCCCCUGACAUGGCCAAGGUGUCCUCCAGGCAGUCCACACCUGAAGAGGUGCCUGUAGCUGAGCGGAUGUCUGAGCCUGAGCCCCCCAAGGUGGAGGAGAGUUUCAGGCCACGAGAGGAUGAGGAAGGUCAGGACUCAAUGUCCAGAGCCAAGGCCAACUGGCUACGAGCCUUCAACAAGGUGCGGUUGCAGCUGCAGGAGGCCCGGGGAGAAGGAGAAAUGUCCAAAUCCCUGUGGUUCAAAGGAGGCCCUGGGGGUGGACUCAUCAUCAUUGACAGCAUGCCGGACAUCCGCAAGAGGAAGCCUAUCCCACUCGUGAGUGACCUGGCCAUGUCCUUGGUCCAGUCCAGGAAAGCAGGCAUCACCUCGGCCUUGGCCUCCAGCACGUUGAAUAACGAGGAGCUGAAAAACCACGUUUACAAGAAGACCCUGCAAGCCUUAAUCUACCCCAUCUCGUGCACGACGCCGCACAACUUCGAGGUGUGGACGGCCACCACGCCCACCUACUGCUACGAAUGCGAGGGCCUGCUGUGGGGCAUCGCGCGGCAGGGCAUGCGCUGCACCGAGUGUGGCGUCAAGUGUCACGAGAAGUGCCAGGACCUGCUCAACGCCGACUGCCUGCAGCGGGCUGCGGAGAAGAGCUCCAAGCACGGGGCCGAGGACCGGACGCAGAACAUCAUCAUGGUGCUCAAAGACCGCAUGAAGAUCCGGGAGCGCAACAAGCCCGAGAUCUUCGAGCUCAUCCAGGAGAUCUUCGCUGUGACCAGGACGGCGCACACGCAGCAGAUGAAGGCCGUCAAGCAGAGCGUGCUGGACGGCACGUCCAAGUGGUCGGCCAAGAUCAGCAUCACCGUGGUCUGUGCCCAGGGCUUGCAGGCAAAGGACAAGACGGGAUCCAGUGACCCUUACGUCACAGUCCAGGUCGGGAAGACCAAGAAACGCACGAAAACCAUCUACGGGAACCUCAAUCCCGUGUGGGAAGAGAAUUUCCACUUUGAAUGUCACAACUCGUCCGACCGCAUCAAGGUGCGUGUCUGGGAUGAGGACGAUGACAUCAAAUCCCGUGUGAAGCAGAGGUUCAAGAGGGAAUCCGACGACUUCCUGGGGCAGACGAUCAUCGAGGUGCGGACGCUCAGCGGCGAGAUGGACGUGUGGUACAACCUGGACAAGCGAACUGACAAAUCUGCAGUGUCAGGUGCCAUCCGACUACACAUCAGUGUAGAGAUCAAAGGUGAAGAGAAGGUGGCCCCCUACCACGUCCAGUACACGUGCCUGCAUGAGAAUCUGUUCCACUUUGUGACGGACGUGCAGAACAACGGAGUCGUGAAGAUCCCGGAUGCCAAGGGCGAUGACGCCUGGAAGGUUUACUACGACGAGACAGCUCAGGAAAUUGUGGAUGAGUUUGCCAUGCGCUACGGUGUCGAGUCCAUCUAUCAAGCCAUGACCCACUUUGCCUGCCUCUCCUCCAAGUACAUGUGCCCCGGGGUGCCCGCCGUCAUGAGCACCCUUCUUGCCAACAUCAACGCCUACUACGCACACACCACCGCCUCCACCAAUGUGUCUGCCUCCGACCGCUUUGCCGCCUCCAACUUUGGGAAAGAGCGCUUUGUGAAACUCCUGGACCAGCUGCAUAACUCCCUGCGGAUCGACCUCUCCAUGUACCGGAAUAACUUCCCAGCCAGCAGCCCGGAGAGACUCCAGGACCUUAAAUCCACCGUGGACCUUCUCACCAGCAUCACCUUCUUUCGGAUGAAGGUACAGGAACUCCAGAGCCCACCCCGCGCCAGCCAGGUGGUGAAGGAUUGCGUGAAAGCCUGCCUCAACUCAACUUAUGAGUACAUCUUUAACAACUGUCAUGAACUCUACAGCCGGGAGUACCAGACAGACCCAGCCAAGAAGGGGGAAGUUCCCCCAGAGGAACAGGGCCCCAGCAUCAAGAACCUCGACUUCUGGUCCAAGCUGAUCACCCUCAUAGUGUCCAUCAUCGAGGAGGACAGGAAUUCCUACACUCCCUGCCUCAACCAGUUUCCCCAGGAGCUGAAUGUGGGUAAAAUCAGUGCCGAAGUGAUGUGGAAUCUGUUUGCACAAGACAUGAAGUAUGCCAUGGAGGAGCACGACAAGCAUCGUCUCUGCAAGAGUGCCGACUACAUGAACCUCCACUUCAAGGUCAAGUGGCUCUACAACGAGUAUGUGGCGGAGCUUCCUGCCUUCAAGGACCGUGUGCCCGAGUACCCUGCGUGGUUUGAGCCCUUUGUCAUCCAGUGGCUGGACGAGAAUGAAGAGGUGUCCCGGGAUUUCCUGCAUGGUGCCCUGGAGCGAGACAAAAAGGAUGGGUUCCAGCAGACCUCAGAGCACGCCCUGUUCUCCUGUUCUGUGGUGGACGUCUUCUCCCAGCUCAACCAGAGCUUUGAGAUCAUCAAGAAACUCGAGUGUCCUGACCCCCAGAUCGUGGGGCAUUACAUGAGGCGCUUUGCCAAGACCAUCAGUAAUGUGCUCCUCCAGUAUGCGGACAUCAUCUCCAAGGACUUCGCCUCCUACUGCUCCAAGGAGAAGGAGAAAGUGCCCUGCAUCCUCAUGAACAACACUCAGCAGCUACGAGUUCAGCUAGAGAAGAUGUUUGAAGCCAUGGGAGGAAAGGAGCUGGAUGCUGAGGCCAGUGACAUCUUGAAGGAGCUGCAGGUGAAACUCAACAAUGUCUUAGAUGAGCUCAGCCGGGUGUUUGCUACCAGCUUCCAGCCGCACAUCGAGGAGUGUGUCAAACAGAUGGGUGACAUCCUUAGCCAGGUUAAGGGCACAGGCAAUGUGCCAGCCAGUGCCUGCAGCAGCGUGGCCCAGGAUGCCGACAACGUGCUGCAGCCCAUCAUGGACCUGCUGGACAGCAACCUGACUCUCUUUGCCAAAAUCUGUGAGAAGACGGUGCUGAAGCGGGUGCUGAAGGAGUUGUGGAAGCUGGUUAUGAACACCAUGGAGAAGACCAUCGUUCUGCCACCUCUCACUGACCAGACGAUGAUCGGCACCCUCUUGAGAAAACAUGGCAAGGGAUUAGAAAAGGGCAGGGUGAAAUUGCCAAGCCACUCAGACGGAACCCAGAUGAUCUUCAAUGCAGCCAAGGAGCUGGGUCAGCUGUCCAAACUCAAGGACCACAUGGUACGAGAAGAAGCCAAGAGCUUGACCCCGAAGCAGUGUGCUGUGGUUGAGCUGGCCUUGGACACCAUCAAGCAAUACUUCCAUGCGGGCGGCGUGGGCCUCAAGAAGACCUUCCUGGAGAAGAGCCCGGACCUGCAGUCUUUACGCUACGCCCUGUCCCUCUACACGCAGGCCACCGACCUGCUCAUCAAGACCUUCGUGCAGACGCAGUCUGCCCAGGUCCAUGGUGGAAAAGGGACUAGGUUUACCCUUAGUGAAGACAUUUAUCCUGAGAAGGGAUCAGGUGUGGAAGACCCCGUGGGUGAAGUCUCCGUCCACGUUGAGCUCUUCACUCAUCCAGGAACUGGGGAACACAAAGUCACAGUGAAAGUGGUGGCCGCCAAUGACCUCAAGUGGCAGACUUCUGGCAUCUUUCGGCCAUUCAUCGAGGUUAACAUCAUCGGGCCCCAGCUCAGUGACAAGAAACGCAAAUUUGCAACCAAAUCCAAGAACAACAGCUGGGCCCCCAAGUACAAUGAGAGUUUCCAAUUCACACUGAGCGCCGACGCGGGCCCCGAGUGCUACGAGCUGCAGGUGUGCGUCAAGGACUACUGCUUCGCGCGCGAGGACCGCACGGUGGGGCUGGCGGUGCUGCAACUGCGCGAGCUGGUCCAGCGCGGGAGCGCCGCCUGCUGGCUGCCGCUCGGCCGCCGCAUCCACAUGGACGACACGGGCCUCACGGUGCUGCGCAUCCUCUCACAGCGCAGCAACGACGAAGUGGCCAAGGAAUUCGUCAAGCUCAAGUCGGACACGCGCUCCGCCGAGGAGGGCGGUGCCGCGCCUGCGCCUUAG